AUGCCGUUACGAAGCUACGAGCUCAUAGGCCGGAUUGCCAACGGUGGUGUUGAAAGAGCCUCCGCCUCUCAAGUUGCUGAGCUCAGAAAGGAGAAAGAGAAGCUGGAUGAGGCCCGAGAUCGAACUGGGCCGAGGGGGUAUGAGCAGUACGCGGCUGAGGAGGUCAAAGCCAUUAUGGCCUUGCCAUAA